GGAAUUCGCCGGAAUGAUUUCGAUCGCAUUUUAACUUUGUUUCAAAUUCGUUUCUCUUGAUAGGAAAAUCAAUUCAUAAUCUUAUGCUCCUGAAAUAUAGAAUUAAAAGACACGUGUGAAGCGUUUGACGUUAUCGAUAUCACGUCGCCGUUACCGAUACUCGAUGUCAAUAUGAACAGUGAAAAGAGAAAGAAGAAAUUUAAGGCAUCAUUCAUUUUAAUAAGGAUUCGAAAGCGUCAACGAACAAUAUUUGACAAUGUUCAUACGAUUAUGGAAUAUUGUCGAUGAUUAAUUUUGACAGACGAAGUCAAGCUCAUGAAAUAGAAUAUUAUUGCAUCAAGAUGCUGGAAUAUUGGAUGGCAAGCAACAAAAGUGAGCUGAACGGGAGCAAUGUAACGAUCGAACAGGUCCUAGAAGAUCCAGGAUCAGUGGUUCUUUUCAUUGGUUAUCCACCGUGGCUUUUGUACUUUGCCGCUGGCUGUUGUAUUCUCUUUAUGCUCAUUGGCAUUCCAGGGAAUCUUAUCACCGUGGCUGCUCUCUUUCGUACCAAGAAGUUGAAGAACGCCACUGCGAUAUUCAUAAUGAAUUUAUCAUUUUCGGAUCUGCUGUUUUGUUGUUUCAAUCUACCACUCGCCACAUCGACUUUCUGGCAUGGAUAUUGGUUGCAUGGAGCACUGCUGUGUCGUCUAUUCCCACUGCUGAGAUACGGCCUCGUCGCUGUCAGUCUUUUUACCGUUCUAUCGAUCGCGAUUAAUCGUUACGUCAUGAUCGGACAUCCCAGGCUCUAUCCAAAACUUUACAAAUCGAAAUACUUGAUACCAAUGGUUUUGGCAACAUGGAUCCUCGGUUUCGGUUCUUUGAUCGUCACGUGGUUCGGUCACUGGGGUCGUUUUGGCUUAGAUCCUGCAAUAGGUUCGUGUUCGAUUCUUCCGGAUGUGCAUGGUCGAAAUCCGAAGGAGUUUCUUUUCGUAUUAGCAUUCUUGACUCCGUGCGUUGCAAUCGUAGUAUGUUACGCGAGAAUCUUUUACAUCGUCCGUAAGACAGCAUCGAAAAGUCGUAGACAAGAUAAAGUUUCUACCACGAUCGAUAUCGGCGACAGAAACCGCGAGCAACGAUCGGUCACACCGAGAUAUCAGGAGGAAGAAUUGUCCAUGCUUGGUUCGAGUUGCGUCGCGGCCGGACUUUGCGUUUCAUUUCCUUCUCGUCGAACGAAGGAAGAACAGACUUCGCGAAUUUUUAGCGGACAGACUUUCGAGGAAUCAUCUCUGGGAAAUCCACCCUCGUCCGAAGAGGACUCAUCGAGAAAUGAAGAAAACGAUUUGCAAGAGGUGAAUUCAAUAGUUCACGAACCUUCUGUACAGGAUAAGGACAGAUUAGCGUAUAAAGGCAUCGAGGACAUACCGUUCGCCGACGAUCGCGACGCAGACAUCGGCGAUACGAACAUAUUUCUGAGCACUGAUCCCAGAAAGUUCAAGGACUUUACUGAAAAGCCAACUUUGAAUGCUAAGAAAAGACUCGAAAGAAUGGCAAGCCGUGCUUCUUUCGUGGUCGAGUCAACUCUUUGGAUUCAAAGAAUCACAGGAUCCGGGACGCGAUUGGAACGUUCCGAAACGUUCGCUAGUUCAAAAUCGAGUAACUCCGAUCGUCGUAUGAAAACAAAAGCUAAGGUAUUUCGACGAGAGUCGAAAUUCAAGAGCCUUGGUAGGUUUCGAAAUAUGGACAGUGGGCCAAGGAUGUCAAGGAAAGAUAAAAAACUUUUAAAGAUGAUACUUGUUAUCUUUUCAUCGUUUCUAAUCUGUUAUUUACCGAUUACCAUCACAAAACUUUUUAAAGAGGCCGACGAUUGGAGGGGCCUCAAUAUCGCUGGAUAUAUUCUUAUUUAUUUGACAACGUGCGUCAAUCCUGUCGUUUACGUUGUUAUGAGUUCCGAAUAUAGAAGUGCAUAUAAAAAUAUGUUACUCUGUAGGAACGAGUCUGUCUCUUCGGCAAAGAUGAAAAUUUCGCAUAGGAUUGUCAGAAAACAUUCUACGUGAACUUUAUGAAUUUAAUGAAAUUUACUUGAAGUGGAUGUGUGUGUGUCUGUAGUUGUGCAGUAUGACUCACGUUCGAAAACUUCUUGAAGUGCGAAGAGGUGUUAUAGUUUUACCACGAGUGUACCUUAAAUAAUUCGAUAAAAGAACUUACAGUGCGAAAUUAGAAGUAAAUACAAUUUAGUAAAAAAUAAUGUAUUAGUUUUCUUACUCGUAUGUUAAAAGAAGAAAUGUCUGUAUUUGAGAGAAUUUUCAAUUUUUGAAUAUAGGAAGAAAAUAUGUAUAACUUGAUACAUAAGUAUGUUUUUCAAGACAAGGAUUCAAUCUUUCGUUGGAAAAUAUACUAAAAACUAUAAGUUACAUCGUAAUCAUAAGAUGAACCAAGUUAAUUAUUAAUAGGAUAGAAUUUCAUCGAAUGUGAUUUUCCUCGAAUUUACAAUAUAUAAAUUGACAUUGAAAUUAAAGAUUAUUAAUUAAAAGAGACUUCGCUCCACGUAAACUCCACUUUUUAAAUGAUUUUGAUAUAAUUUCGUUGUUAUAUACAAAUUUUCAAACAUUAUUUAAGACUUUAACGAAUUCUCGACAAUAUUAACAUUAUUCGUCUGCUAAUAUGUUGAAAUUACGAAGAGGUAAGUAAAAACGAAGAAAAUUAAUUUUAAUAUCGAUCCAAAUUCGGUGGAACAGCUGCUGCCUGAAUGGUGCUAAUAUUCAUCGUUUGCCAUUUUUUCUCGUUACUACUAUCCUUCCUGCUGUCACUUUGAGGCGUUACCUUAGUUAUAUCUAGUUUGUUCUCUGUUUGUUUACGUUUGUAAUGCAUACCAGCCGCUGUUCCACCCAAACCCAUUCCACCAAGAACCAUCAACCAUUUAACGAAUCUGAAAUUCGUUCGUAUCAUGUAAAUUGCAUGUAAUCGGUGAAUUCUGACACAAUAUCGUAUCAAUAAAGAACUAUCCUUAUCACA